AUGAACUUCGCUACGGCUGCUCCCGUCGUGGCGGCGUUUCAGUUUGUCUGCUCUGGCAGUGCCGCACUUACGUGUAGCUUGACCAAUCUGUAUCCAGACUACGAGGGAACAUUUGUGCUGCAGCAUAUCCCACCGAGCGCUUACAUGCUCGUCUUCUCUCGACUGAGAGUGACAACCAUUGAUCACAAACUCCUGAGUGCGUUACCAACGACCGUUACACAUGUGCUGGUGAACGAUUCAACCUACGUUAUCAACGUUAAGGUGCCAGCGAGCGCUAGCUUCCUGUCGCUGGUUAUCCUCCAAACGAAGCUGGGAGCGAUCAGUUUCGAGAUAAAUUUUAACCUUUCCCAACUGACUAUCGAACAAGCUCCCCUACAUCACAUACCAUCCUCUCUAUUGAAUCUGAGGAGUUUGGCUUACGUUAAAAUUAACUUCACACCGGUGCAGAAUAUCGAUGUGAGCUUAUUUUGCAAUCAUACUCAACUUCAAACAAUUGAUCUGAAGUACAACAAGAUCUAUUCCGUUACGGCAUCGCAGUUCAGCGGGUGUACCUCAUCGCUGUUGGAGUUACUCCUGGCAAACAAUCGACUCAAGCGGAUCGUCCCCAGCGUAUUUGCACCAUUUCGCCGAUUGGAAGUCAUUGAUCUGUCGCAUAACAUGUUGGAGUCAUUUGUGGGACGCUUCCAAAACACGGAAAUUAGUCAACUACUCAUAAGCAAUAAUCUACUGCCUAAGAUCGACCUGUGCGAGUGGGUCCUGAUGCCCAACAUGACUAGCUUUUUCAUCGAAAAGAACAAACUUAUCGGUGUCCCGGACUGCCUGGACAAAUUUCCCAACCUUUACUCCAUUAAUCUGGAGAAUAAUCUUCUGUCCAGCGUGUCCUUGGCUGCAUUUGCUCAGCUCAAAGUUUUGCAGUACCUUCGGCUCGCUUGGAAUCCGAUAGUAUCGUUCAUACUGCGCGAAGACUCGGUUCCACCGAAGCUGUUACAGAUAGAUAUGCGACACAGCCGCGUGAAUUAUUUGAAUGUUUCGAAAAAGAUACUACAACAAAUUCAAAUACACAUUUAA